GCGCAUGCGCUUUGCUCCGGCUGCUGGGCGUUGGGGCGGGUGGGGAGCGGUCGGUGCCGCCCCGCUGAGGUGGCGGCGGCGGGAAGAUGGAGGCGGGGGCGCUCGGCGGGCCGGUGCUGCCGGGCGCUCUCGCCCUUCUCCUCGUCCUGCUGCUGCUGGUGGCCGCGCUGCGCCGCGCCGCCCCGCCGAGGCCCCUCGCCGCCCCGCCGGAUGGCCGCAGGGUGAACGGCGCCGCCACGCCGGAGGAGCACCGGAAGGCGAAGCUGCCGGCGCGGGCCCGGAGGGACAAACCGCAGCAGCAGCAGCACAGCUUCGCCCACAGGCUGCUGGUGGCCUCCCUGAAGGGCCACAGCGGCUCCGUCUCCUGCCUAGACUUCAGCAGCAGCGGCAAGUACCUGGCGUCCUGCGCUGACGACCGGACGGUCCGGCUGUGGAGCACCCGGGACUUCACGGCGCGGCAGCACCGCUGUCUGCGCGCCAACGUCGAGCUGGACCACGCCGAGCUCGUCCGCCUCAGCCCCGACUCGCGGGCAUUCAUUGUUUGGCUGGCGAAUGGUGAGACUAUCCGUGUCUAUAAAAUGAUUAAGAAGGAUGAUGGCAGCUUCACCUUCACUGCAACUUCUGGAGACUUCCCAAAGAAGCACAAGGCUCCUGUCAUUAACAUAGGAAUUGCAGAGACAGGAAAGUUUGUCAUGACAGCUUCUAGUGACACUACCAUCCUGAUAUGGAGUCCAAAGGGUGAUGUCCUGGCCAGCAUUAACACUAACCAGAUGAACAAUGCCUACGCCGCAGUGUCGCCCUGUGGAAGGUUUGUGGCAUCCUGUGGCUUUACUCCUGAUGUGAAGGUGUGGGAGGUGUGUUUUGGCAAGAACGGAGACUUCCGGGAGGUGGCCAGGGCUUUUGAGUUGAAAGGCCACACCGCUGGUGUGCAUUGCUUCUCUUUCUCUAAUGAUUCGAGGAGGAUGGCGACUGUUUCGAAGGAUGGGACAUGGAAGUUCUGGGACACAGACGUGGAAUACAAGAAGCAACAGGAUCCUUACCUGCUUCUGACGGGGAAGUGUGAGGUGACGGAGCCUUGUCGCAUCGCCCUGUCCCCUGAUGCUCGAGUCGUCGCCAUCUCCAGUGGCACAGACAUUGUUGUGUACAACACAAGAAGAGGGGAGGAGGAGGAGCGUUUUCUGGGUGUGCAUGGACGGUGCAUAAUGGACUUGGCUUUUGACACCAAUAGCCGCUACCUGGUGUCAUGUGGGGACCGGGCCAUCCGCGUCUUCCACAACGCUGCUGGUCACAGGGCGGUUGUGGAGGAGAUGGAAACCAUGCUGAAAAAAACUGCCAACAAAGCCACUCGAGAGAGGCUGGAGCAGCAGAUCUCCAGUGCCCGCAAAGCACUGGCCGCAAUCUAUGGCAAGAAGCACUAAUUCUCCUCCACAGUGGUGUGUCCCAGCUCUCUGUGGUCACAGGCAGCUGCAUUCUGCCGUGGGACAUUUUUUUUUAAUAACACUGAACAUGUUGUAAUAAAAGAGUGUGCAGAGUG